AUGUUUUCAUUCUUUAUCUCUAGUAUGAAGUGUAACAGAACAGACUUUACCACCUGAAACUGCUGCUUCAAGUUCAGAUCAGGCAAGGAACAAACCUCGUAACAACCAACAAGACCAAAGAAGAGUACACUUAAGUUGAAGACACAACACUUGAUCUGAAACAAGAAGUUUGUGCCUACUCAACAGCUUUGAAAGAGCACUUCCCAACGCUGCUAGUAGUCUUUGUUUUCUUCAGUGCUGUACUGUGAGAUUCCCCGGUGCAGCAGCAGUUGUAUUCUUUAUUAGCUUGGUAGAUCAUUUUCUCUCGCUCUUUUUUUUUUUUUUUUUUAUUUUUUUUCGCUCUUUUUUUUUUUUUUUUUUUUUUAAUACUAGCAACUUUCAUCCUUUGAAACGUGUGCUGAAAGAGAAGAAUCAGCAAAUACUACUGAAAGUGCAAUAUUUUGAUUAUCACUGCGAGCUGUUUGAGAUGGAGAACGUUUUUACUGUUUCAUCAGAUCCUCAUCCCCCUCCUGCAACCCCUUCUUCACUUUCUUUACCUUUAUCUUCAUCUUCUACCUCAUCUGGGACUAAAAAACAAAAGAGGACCCCCACAUAUCAGAGAUCUAUGAGCUUUGAUCCAAACCUUCUCCAUAACAAUGGACACAAUGGGUACCCCAAUGGUACUUCAGCAGCACUGCGUGAAACUGGGGUUAUUGAAAAACUAUUAACCUCUUAUGGAUUUAUUCAGUGUUCAGAACGUCAAGCUAGACUUUUCUUCCACUGUUCACAGUAUAAUGGCAACCUACAAGACUUAAAAGUAGGAGAUGAUGUUGAAUUUGAAGUAUCAUCUGAUCGGCGGACUGGGAAACCAAUUGCUAUUAAACUUGUGAAGAUAAAACCAGAAAUCCUCCCUGAAGAAAGAAUGAAUGGACAAGUUGUGUGCGCUGUUCCUCACAACUUAGAGAGUAAAUCUCCAGCUGCCCCGGGUCAGAGUCCAACAGGGAGUGUAUGCUACGAACGUAAUGGGGAAGUGUUUUAUCUGACUUAUACUCCUGAAGAUGUCGAAGGAAACGUUCAGCUGGAAACAGGAGAUAAAAUAAACUUUGUAAUUGAUAACAAUAAACAUACUGGUGCUGUAAGUGCUCGGAACAUUAUGCUGUUGAAGAAGAAACAAGCACGCUGUCAAGGAGUAGUUUGUGCCAUGAAGGAGGCGUUUGGCUUUAUUGAGAGAGGUGAUGUUGUAAAAGAAAUAUUCUUUCACUAUAGUGAAUUUAAGGGUGACCUUGAAGCCUUACAGCCUGGAGAUGAUGUGGAAUUCACAAUCAAGGACAGAAAUGGUAAAGAAGUUGCAACAGAUGUCAGACUAUUGCCUCAAGGAACCGUCAUUUUUGAAGAUAUCAGCAUUGAACAUUUUGAAGGAACUGUAACCAAAGUUAUCCCAAAAGUACCCAGUAAAAAUCAGAAUGACCCAUUGCCGGGACGCAUCAAAGUUGACUUUGUGAUUCCUAAAGAACUUCCUUUUGGAGACAAAGACACAAAAUCCAAGGUGACCCUACUGGAAGGUGACCAUGUUAGGUUUAAUAUUUCAACAGACCGACGUGACAAAUUAGAACGAGCAACCAACAUAGAAGUUCUAACAAAUACAUUUCAGUUCACUAAUGAAGCCAGAGAAAUGGGUGUGAUUGCUGCCAUGAGAGAUGGUUUUGGUUUCAUCAAGUGUGUGGAUCGUGAUGCUCGUAUGUUCUUCCACUUCAGUGAAAUUCUGGAUGGGAACCAGCUCCACAUUGCAGAUGAAGUAGAGUUUACUGUGGUUCCUGAUAUGCUUUCUGCCCAAAGAAAUCAUGCAAUUAGGAUUAAAAAACUUCCCAAGGGCACGGUUUCAUUCCAUUCUCAUUCAGAUCAUCGUUUUCUGGGCACUGUAGAAAAAGAAGCCACUUUUUCCAAUCCUAAAACCACUAGCCCAAAUAAAGGCAAAGAGAAGGAGGCCGAGGAUGGGAUUAUUGCUUAUGAUGAUUGUGGGGUGAAACUGACUAUCGUUUUUCAAGCCAAGGAUGUGGAAGGAGCAACUCCUCCUCAAAUAGGAGAUAAGGUUGAAUUCAGUAUUAGUGAUAAACAGAGGCCCGGACAGCAGAUUGCAACUUGUGUGCGACUUUCAGGUCGUAAUUCCAAUUCCAAGAGGCUUUUGGGUUAUGUGGCAACUCUGAAAGAUAAUUUUGGGUUUAUUGAAACAGCCAAUCAUGAUAAGGAAAUCUUUUUCCAUUACAGUGAGUUCUCUGGUGAUGUUGAUAGCCUGGAACUGGGGGACAUGGUCGAGUACAGCUUGUCCAAAGGCAAGGGCAACAAAGUCAGUGCAGAGAAAGUGAACAAAACACACUCAGUGAAUGGCAUUACUGAGGAAGCUGAUCCCACCAUCUACUCUGGGAAAGUCAUUCGCCCGCUGAGAAGUGUUGAUCCCACACAGACUGAGUACCAAGGAAUGAUUGAGAUUGUGGAGGAAGGGGAUAUGAAAGGUGAGGUCUAUCCAUUUGGCAUAGUUGGGAUGGCCAACAAAGGGGAUUGCCUGCAGAAAGGAGAGAGUGUCAAGUUCCAGCUGUGUGUCCUAGGCCAGAAUGCACAGACUAUGGCCUAUAACAUCACACCCUUGCGUCGGGCCACAGUGGAGUGUGUGAAAGAUCAGUUUGGCUUCAUUAACUAUGAAGUAGGAGAUAGCAAGAAGCUCUUUUUCCAUGUGAAAGAAGUUCAAGACGGCAUUGAGCUACAGGCAGGAGAUGAGGUGGAGUUCUCAGUGAUUCUUAAUCAGCGCACUGGCAAGUGCAGCGCUUGUAAUGUUUGGCGAGUCUGCGAGGGCCCCAAGGCUGUUGCAGCACCUCGACCUGAUCGGUUGGUCAAUCGCUUGAAGAACAUCACCCUGGAUGAUGCCAGUGCUCCUCGCCUAAUGGUUCUUCGUCAGCCAAGGGGACCAGAUAACUCAAUGGGUUUUGGUGCAGAAAGAAAGAUCCGUCAAGCUGGUGUCAUUGACUAACCAAUCUACAAAGCACAUCAUUAAUCCACUAUGAUCAAGUUGGGGGGAUUCUGGUGAAGGGUUCUGAAUAUCUCCCUCUUCAUCCCUCCCAAAAUCUGGAAUACUUAUUCUAUUGAGCUAUUACACCAGUUUUAACACCUUCCUCGUGUUAUGUUUAAAAAAUAAAUAAAUUUAAGAAAACCAUUUUAAAAUUAUGCACAGUUGCAGCCUGGAAAACUUAAGGUGGCGCCUUCUAGUAUCAAUUUUAGGAGCUUUAUUUGGUGCAUUUAACGCAACUGGUAAUUGCAAAAUCCACUUCGCCUGUAUAAGUGAAAAAUAUAGACUGUUACCUUGUUGGCCCUAUGAAAUUCUGCACUUGAUAUUUAGUGUAUACUCUACCUUCAUUACUUCUGGUAAGAUGUUCUGCCUUAGCACUCAGUUGCAUUCUUUUCCUUUUCUUUCCUGUUCAUUAUGCUU